ACUUUUAUUUUGAAAUCGACAUAGCAGGAGUUUUCACUUUCCGAAAACAGCAAGUCAGCUAGCUAGCAGUCAAGUUUCCGAAGCAAAGAUCUGGUAGUAACGUAUGUUAUCUGUUUGUUACCACUUUGACUGCCAUAAAGUCCAUUACAUGAGUUUUUAAAAGUAUGAUUUUCUUUAUCCUUCAGUAAGAAAGACAUUUCAAUAAGUGCAUUUAUCACACCCGGCUAGCUGCUGUAGCUAGAUAGGCUGACGUUAGGUUGUCAAGUUGAGGCGUUUGGGUCCGUCGGGAAUUCGGUUAACCCAGCCUGAAAGUUGUGCUUCAAAACUGAACGGUCUGUGAGCUAAUAAACUCCAUAAAAUCACCAUGAAACUCUACAGUUUAAGUGUGUUAUACAAAGGUUCGACUAAGGCCAACCUGCUGAAAGCCGCUUUUGACUUGUCUUCGUUUAGUUUUUUUCAGCGGUCCAGUGUACAGGAGUUCAUGACCUUCACCAGCGCCCUGAUAGUGGAGCGCUCCUCAUUUGGAACUCGUGCUUCUGUAAAAGAGCAAGAAUACCUGUGUCAUGUAUACGUCCGAAAUGACAACCUCGGUGGAGUGGUGAUUGCAGACAGUGAAUACCCCUCCAGAGUGUGCUUCACAUUGCUCGAUAAGGUGUUGGAGGAGUUCUCUCGGCAGGUGAACAGCAUAGACUGGCCCUCGGGUUCACCAGCCACCAUCCAGUACACAGCCUUGGACAGCUACCUGGCUAAGUAUCAGAACCCACGUGAAGCAGAUGCCAUGACUAAAGUACAAGCCGAAUUGGACGAAACUAAAAUUAUUCUGCACAACACUAUGGAGUCCCUUUUGGAUAGAGGUGAAAAGCUUGAUGAUUUGGUGCAGAAGUCAGAGCACCUGGGCAACCAGUCGAAAGCCUUUUACAAAACGGCACGGAAGCAAAACUCCUGCUGCAAAGUGAUGUGAUGAUAAAAUUGUGAUGGAACGGAGUCUCCUGGGACACUCCACCCCCACCUGUGCGUUCUAUCUCUCUCUCCCCUCUUUCUCUGGUCUCUCUCCCCUCUUUCUCUGGUCUCUCUCUCUCCUGGCUGGUGCGGGGCCACAGGGCAAGCAGAGCUUCCGGACAACACCAGGCCUGUAGUAUGUUUUUGAGGAUUUGGGAAGACCCACUUACAUGGUGUUCCUUUUUUUUUUUGGGUUCAUUUAGUUUUCACAGCACCAGAGGGGGCUGGUUUCUCUACACGACCCUUACUCUGCUGUGUGAGAUUUUGCUGUUCCACAGUGUUUUUCUGUUGCAGAGUCUGCAGUAAAAGCUUCCAGGUGGUGUGGUCACGGUUUGGCUUAGGCUAUCUUAGACCAGAAAAUGGGCAGUGCAAAGGGGGGGUUGUGACUGGGGACAGGGCAGGGGGCGGAGUCAAGUCACACUUCCCCACUGUGCCUUACUUGUAGGUGGCUGGGUACUAGUCUGUGCAUUCCAGUUGGACUGUUUAUUCAGACUUCAGUGCGUUAGGAGAUUCAUACAUUUCAAGCAACACAUUUAUUUACUGUUUGGCUUCUGCAUUUUGUAGAGCAGGAGCAUAAAUGUAGCUUGUCAUCAGUCUUGUUAUUUCUGGGGAAAACAUUUUACAGCACUAAUAUUGAGCUGUUGUGUUGGAUUAGAUUAACUGCCCCUCAUAGCUGUUGGCAAUGGACCAAUAUGAAGCCAAGUGUUAUGGUCAUUUUCUAAAAUUGUGUGUAUAAUUUUAAUUCUUUUUGAAAUGUCAGUGAAAUAAAUGUGAAAUAGUCUGUCCAUUCAUACUGGCUUUUACUGUGGUUGCUUAAGUCUCUCCAAUAAAUUGUUUUUUUUUGUAAAUUAUAUCCCCAUAAUACAAAAACAAAAAGCCACAUUUUAUUGUAUCGUUAUGUGAAAUGUUCCCAGUUCCCAGUGAUUGUGCAUGUCAAAUCAGUGGCAAUUCUGCUCUGAUGAGGUGCAUUUUGCUCAAGUGAUGAUCAAAGCCUUACAGUAUAGUCUCUGAAAUCAGUCUGCUUGCCCUCGAAUGGCAGGCCUCAUAUAUACAAUGUCCAGAAUGGGUCGCCGGUAGUCUCCGUGUUUCACAAGCCGGGUAUGUGAAAUGCUGCUCAGCUCUGCACGCCAAACAUGCCACACAUGAUGCUCUUUACGAUGAGUCUACAAUCACCUUGGAUGCAAAGUCUCAGGCUGGAUGACUUCAGUUUUCUAUUGCCAAAAGGUGCACAUAAAACCACACGUUACACAGGGUGAUCCCCAGGGAAGGUUUAUAUCUCGGGUGGGUUUAAAUCCGGAUAUCUUGAAGUUUCUGUUGUCUAGGACCUAAAAGAAUAGUAUAUGGUCAUGUACACAAACUAAAUACAGAUUUAGCUGCUUCUUGUGUUGUUCAUAUAUCCAUGGAGGAAGCAGAGAUGUGCCAUUUUGGAGAAUCUGUUAUAGACGCCUUCAUAAAAUGUCUGAGAUUGUGUGAGUGUGCUUGUAAAUCUGAACUGUUUGUGAUCUGAUGGUGUUAUUGCUCAGUUUGUGUGGCUUCUGUGUUCCCAUGCAGUGUGUUGCAGGGUUGUAUUGUGUAAAUGAUGGUGUGUUUCCUUGUCCAGAAUGACUGCGGGAACCUUUUGAGGUGUCUUUCUUGUAAUUGCCAAAUGCUUGCUAGCUUAUUCAAUCUUAACUUGCCAUAAUGGCAAAGUUUAACGUGUAGUUGUGUAUAAAGCCAACUGUGCAUUAUAUACUCCUCAUAAUAAAUGUAUUUACAUGCAACCUGGUUAACAUUAGGCAUCAAAUAUCCUGUAACGUUUCUUAUUCAGUUCAUGCAGAUGUAAUCAACUUUCUACAUAGUAAUUUUUAAAAUCUUGCUCUUCACUGUACUUGAUGUAUGAUUAACACUGCUGUUGUACUUACUGGAAAAUUAUUUCAAACUAAAAUCUGAUUAACAUCACUUUGCUGAA